AUGAGCCUCCAGCCCCGCCGGAAUGCUCUGUGGCUGCCCGCCCUCGUCUGCCUCGUGUCGGCGUUCGGGGCUCCCGGGUCGGGGGCGCGGAGGCACUCGCCGCGUCUCGUGGAGCAGCACCGGGGGAAGCACCGGCCGCACUAUGAGAGUCUCGGAUCUGUUCUCUCAGACUAUGACAUUCUUUCUGUGUCCGGUAUACAACAACACUCCAUAAGAAGAAGAGACCUGCAGCCCGAGUCCCAUAUAGAGCGACUCUUGAGCUUUUCAGCAUUGCAUAGACAUUUUGAAAUAUACUUAACAUCAUCAGUGGAGCGUUUUCCGAAAAACUUUCAAGCGCUUAUAAUGGAUGGUCAAGGCAAGGAGAGAGAGUAUCAUGUACAAUGGCAAGAAUUUUUCACAGGACAUGUUGUAGGUAAGAGGCAUUCCAAGGUGAUUGCACACAUAAGUGAAGAUGACUUCACAGCGAGGAUUAAUACUGACGAAAAAGAAUAUAAUAUUGAGCCCCUAUGGAGGUUUCUCAAUAAUUCGAAGGAUGGAAGACUUUUGGUCUACAAGUCAGAAGACAUUAAGGAUAUCUCGCGCUUACAAUCUCCAAAAGUGUGUGGCUAUGUUAAUUUAGAGGAUGAAGACCUAUUGGGAAUAGGGAUGAAGGAUCAUGUAUCAAAUGAAAGUAAUGCAUACUUGAAAGUCUCUCGGCGAAAAAGAGCUGUCCCAGAUCCCUUGAGGAAUACCUGCAGGAUGUUAGUAGUAGCGGAUCAUCGCUUCUUUAAGCACAUGGGCCGUGGGGAAGAAAGCACCACAAUUAAUUACUUAAUUGAAUUAAUAGACAGAGUGGAUGACAUAUAUCGCAAUACCUCGUGGGACAAUGAAAACUUUAAAGGAUACGGCAUACAAAUAGAGCAGAUUAUUGUUCACAAUGCACCGGAGAAUGUAUCUGCUGGGCAAAGACAUUAUAACAUGGCAAAAAGUCAGCCACAUGAGGAGAAGGAUGCUUGGGAAGUAAAGGAGCUGUUGGAGCAAUUCAGCUAUGAUAUAGCAGAGAAGGCAGCUCACGUGUGCCUCGCGCACCUCUUUACAUACCAAGACUUUGAUUUGGGUACUCUUGGACUGGCUUAUGUUGGCUCUCAAAGGCAAAACAGCCAUGGUGGUAUCUGUCCAAAAGCUUAUUACAAUGCAGCUGCUGGGAAGGACGUCUACCUCAACAGUGGCUUAACCAGCACAAAGAACUAUGGCAAAACUAUCCUUACGAAGGAAGCAGACUUGGUCACUACUCAUGAGGUAGGGCACAACUUUGGGGCAGAGCAUGACCCUGAUGUCCUGGCGGAGUGUGCCCCAACGGAAGAUCAGGGAGGAAAAUAUGUUAUGUACCCAAUUGCUGUGAGUGGCGAUCACGAAAACAAUAAGAUGUUUUCGAGCUGCAGUAAAGAAUCCAUCUUUCGGACGAUUGAAACCAAAGCCCCGGAGUGCUUCAAAGAGCACAACAACAAAGUGUGUGGCAACUCCAGAGUGGACGAAGGCGAGGAGUGUGACCCUGGCCUCUUGCAUCAGCAUGUUGAUCCUUGCUGCACAUUUGAGUGCAAACUGAAACCAAAUGCAACAUGCAGCGAUCGGAACAGCCCUUGCUGCAAAGGGUGCCAGUUUGCGAGCGCGCAGAAGAAGUGCCAAGAAGCCAUCAAUGCUACUUGUAAAGGGGAGUCCUAUUGCACAGGUAAUAGCAGUGACUGUCCUCCGCCUGGGAACGCUCCGGAUGAAACAAUCUGCGUGGAUUUGGGAAAGUGCAAAGAUGGAGGAUGCGUCCCGUUCUGUGAGAGGGAAAAGAACCUAAGUUCAUGCGCUUGUAACGAAACGGACCAUUCCUGUAAGGUCUGCUGUCGAGACGAACAAGGGAGAUGCAGCCCAUAUGUUGACGCCAGCCAGAAUUUCUUGUAUUUGAGGAAGGGGAAGCCUUGCACCGUGGGAUUCUGUGACAUGAAUGGUAAAUGUGAGAAGCGAGUACAGGACGUGAUUGAACGACUUUGGGUUUUCAUCGAUCAACUUAGCAUUAAUACAUUUGGAAAAUUUCUAGCAGACAACAUAGUAGGAUCAGUGGUUGUAUUCUCCUUGCUAUUUUGGAUUCCUCUGAGCAUUCUUGUACAUUGUGUGGACAAAAAACUGGAUAAGCAGUAUUAUGAAGAGAACACCAAGUCUCUGUUCGGCCCCAGUAACGCGGAGAUGCUCAGCAGCAUGGACUCAGCCUCAGUCCGAAUCAUCAAGCCGUUUCCCGCUGCACCGUCUACAAGUCGCCACCAGCCCCUGCAGCCGGUGGUGCCGGUUCCCGUGGCAGCAGUGGCCCCCAAACUAGACCACCAAAGGAUGGACACCAUCCAAGAGGACCCGAGCACAGACUCCCACAUGGAAGACGACUGUUUCGAGAAGGAUCCUUUCCCAAAUAACAGCAUAACUGCCAAAUCGUUUGAGGACCUGACAGAUCACCCUGUCACAAGGAGCGAGAAAGCGUCAUCCUUCAAACUACAACGGCAACACAGAGUGGACAGCAAGGAAACGGAGUGCUAGUCUGUCUGUCUGC